AUGACAUCCUUUCAACCUUCGCUGCUUCGCGGCGGCGGCGGUGGUGGUCGCAGUGGGCCUUCUUCCUCUUCAUCAGCCACUCACCGAUCAAGGCACGACGAACCACAAUUGCCUGAAGCAUACCAGCAGGAACGCCCGCCAUGGAGGCCGCCACUCCAUCCCGCUGCGGCCGACCGUGACGUCCCGGACCUCUUCCCCACCAAGCCCAAUCAGCAGGAGGACGACAUGUCCCAAUUUCGGGUGCGCAAGGGCUUUGACUCUCGCCCUUACGUCCGCAACGAGACGUCCUUCGCCCACGAAAUGAUCUAUACUCGAUUGGCUUCGUCAGACACCAUUGCCACGCUCUCUUCUUGGAUGGACGAGGUGAUGCUGCGUCGACGCGAGCUCGAUCGUGCUGGCGUCGCUCCCAGUCAGUACAAGGCCCCGUCCCGCGUCACGCUCAACGAGGUUAAGCUGGCCAACUACGUCAAGGACCUUGCAGAUCCCAGCGUGCCCCUCAAUCGUCUCUCAAGAAGCGUCCCACAUGGCUUUCGAGGCGAAAAGCUCUUCGAGAUGCUCUGGGCAGGCGGCGCACUGCCUUCGGCUACAUCAGCGAACAUCGCCAACAACAACUACUUUCCGCAUCGAGUGCCCAACGCCUCCACUGCCUCGACUCCUUCCGUUUCCGCUCCGGCUUCUGCUGCGGCUGCAGCCAGGAAGAGCGUAGACAUCUCUCGCGCCGUGUGGUUCAUUCGCGCUUUAGGUGCUGCAGAGCUGUCGUCGCUCCGCAACAAGUCAGCCGCCACCAUCGUGCCCGAAAUCACCUCCAACCUUUGCACCUGGAUGGCCAGACAGGUCGCUGAGCUCAACCUCGUUCAAGCCGCCGAAUCUUCUUCUACCGCCGCUGCAUCGCCGGCGCCCGUCUCGCCUUCCACUCACAUGCCCAGGACGCCUGGUGCGGGUCCUGCUUCGCUCUCUCGCUCGAUAGCCGCCGUACAUUUCACUCGUACCCCCUCCAAUCUCAAUCCCGCCUCGUCACCUUCUCCUGCGCCUGCUAAAGAGGUAUGCUCCGUCUUACAGAGCGAAGUGGAUGAAGAGCGCUGGGUUGCAAAAUGGUCCUACAGUCUCUCGCUUGCACGUCAUUUGCAUGCCCAGAACCUCCUCGAUCGCUCCGUAUUGGUCAGAUGGAUUGUCGAUGCUUUUGCUGCUUCCAACUUGGUCCAACUUCCGUUUAUGGUCGAGCUCAUCCAAGAGGUGCUCGUCUUUAUUCUCCGACGUCGAAGCUUUGUCAGGCCAUUCAUUGCCGCACUGCUCGUCCAGGUACCCACCCUAGACGCGCGUCUUGAUCCUACGACCAGCGGGGGCCUUCGAACCAAGCUCGUGCUCCUCUUCCGCAUCGUCUGCGAGAACAUUCCCGAUGCUCUCAUCAGUCCUCGUCUUUGGUCAGAGCAUUCCGCGACGCUCCUCCAGCUCUUGAACGAGAUCGGCGCCGAUUCCGAAUCCCUGCCGAGCUUUGCGACCACCAGCUUUGUUGAGCAGGCACUGAAACCGAGGGUGGAUCGACUGUUGAUCCACUCGCCCAGCGGCGAUUCGAGCAACAGCGGCAACACAGACACACAACCGACUGCAUCACCCACGCUGCAGCAGCACCUCGACAUUCGAGCUCUCGACUCGUUCAGCAUGACCACAAUCGAUCGCAUAUUUCUGCAAAAGCCCCACGGCGCUGAUCGGCACACAAAGCACGAUCGUGACGAUGCCAUCUGGGCUCCAAGGGUUGACACGAUUCUUACGUGGGCUUGCACCGAUCGUCGCUCGGGAGUAGCGCGACAGUACCUUGCUGCAACGCUCCUUGAGAAAAUUCGCUUUGGCGUCUCAUGGGAGGAGUCAAGCGAAGAGACCGACCAAGUCUCGCUGCCUGCCUUUGAUCUCGAGCACCACACCAAAAAGACGCGCAAGAUCAACAUCGAACCCAUGCUUAUCAAGUGGCUUGGCGAUAUCGAAUCUGCUCUGAUCCACAACCUCGACGAGACUGAAACGCAAUCACGCACUUGUUUGUUGGCGACCGUCGACGUCGCUGCCAUUGUUGUCCUUGUUGGCGAGCUCGCCAGAAGGGGUGUCUUUUCUUACACAAAAUACCUGCAGAGAUUGAUUGCUCGUGGAAUGACCACUGCUUCAUCAACGGGCAGCACAAAGCAAAGGGUAGGUGGCGACACGGCCGCCUCUACAACUUCGUCCAACGCAUCUGCCUCUCGCGACUCGUUGCACUUGCGACUACUGCGGUCGCUGCCCCUCUAUGAUCAACCUGCCUCGGUCUACCUGCAACGACGACAGGCCAUCUAUGGCGACCGCACAAAAGAGACGUACGAGGACGCUGCACAGCGCCGUGCAUUGCGCCAGCUGCAGUCCUUCUUGCCCUUCGCUUUUGCCGACCAAGGCCACGCAGCUACCGAUGGUCAAGUAGCCCUAGAUGUGCCCUCACAGCCUGUCGAGGGCCAAUCGCGCGACCUGGAGCAGUCUCUGUCGCGACUGUGGUCCGCUUCGCGCUUUGUGCGCUGCAAAAUCUUCCGCAGCGAGCUGCUUCCGGCUCUCACUGCCCGCGUCGAGGCUCUCAAUGGCGAGCAGCUCUCGCAAGUCUCGGCCGUCUUUGUCAUGGCCGAUGAUUUUGAGGGUCUGGCUCAACUCCUUGCAACUCUCUUGCUACGUCCACUCUCUGACAGCCUCGCCCGAGCUGCGUUCAACAUGGUCAUCGAACACAGCCUCGUCUGGAGGUCGAUGGACAUCAUGGGCACCCUCAAUCAGCUCGUGCGUCAGCAGCUCAACCAUUCGAGUUCCAUUCGAAACGAUCGCCAGGCCGUCAUGGCCUCCACCACGCUGCUGCGCCUCCGCACCUUAAUCGAAGGCAUCCCCAGCCGCAUCAGCGCACCUUCUUUCGAUCCAGGUACAGAGUACGAUGCUGUACAUCAGCACGUCCAAGCACUGAGACCCAAUGUGGACGCUUUGCUCCGCCGAUUUGCUAAGCUGAUCGAGUCCUCUGCUGAGUCGCGUGAAGGCACCGCGUCCACGCCUGCUGAGGGGUCCGACAUGCUCACCCCCUUUCGCAGCCUCUUCAUCCAGCCAGAUGCGACAAGCGACGAGAUCAUCGAACGCACGAUCGUGGAAAGUGUGCUCGCAAGCUCCGACGCGUCGCUCGUCUCUGCCGCUGUACGCCUGAUCGACCAGUUGUACCUGGAAGCAUCACUGGAGAUCGAUGAACGACACGCACGCUGGCUCUCGCAUCUCGUCCACAGUAUCGAGCACGGCACUCACUCCGACACUUCGGUCAAGGUGCUGCUCCUUCUGUUGACGCGGCUGGUGGCGCACGGCACGCUCAACUUGCAGCUUGCCAUGGAUACGUUCCUGCUUCCAUACUUGCUGUCUUCUGUGCGGCGGCUUACCGACCCAGCCACGCGCGGCACGGAGACGUCACUGCACCUUGGUGCCGCGGUGAGCAGUCUCGGCGAGAUAUUUGCAAGCAGUGUGGGCGAAACGGUGCCCGCUCCUUGCUACGAGGACAUGCGCGCGUUUGGUGCCCAGGCGAUGCUGCUGUUUGCACAGGUCAACUUGCCCUCGCUCUUGCGUGCUGUCACCUGCUUGAUCUGUGCUUCAGACGAGGCCUCCAUCGUGGAUGCAGCGGACAAGGCGCAGAUCGAGGCAUUCUGGAAGGCUCUGCUGCAGUCGCAGCCGAUGCAGAUCGCAUUCCGUCAAGACCCACGGAUGUGCAUGCUGACCAUAAAGGAUACGUGCAAGUCGAUGUGGGGCUGCAAUCCAUCACGGAUCAUCGAUCUGGCCAUGGCCUGUCUCGAUCCGACCAGCUUAUUGUUGCGCGAAGUCACCUCGAUUGACGCGGCUGCUGUCAAAGCGAGACUGGACGGUUGGGACACCGCCGUGGUCGCCAAUGAGUUAGUCGAGAUCUUUGAGCGCCUCCAGUUGGUCGAGUCGAGCUUCCAGUCGAGAGCCGAUAGUCGGACUAAAGCGUUAGCGUCGGGAAUCUUCGACGAUCUCUUUGUACGCUUGCCGGACAUUGGUGCGCAACUCAUGCGCGAUUGCCAGUCGAGUGGGCUCAUCUCGCGUUUCACGGAUAUCGGCAUCAAGAUCUUGUCGGACAAAGUCAAGGCGAGCGCAGACGCUGAUGCUGACGCUGCCAAGAGAGGCGAGCAGCUCGACGUGCCCAAGAACGAUGCAUGCUUAGAUGGACAGGGUAAUGCAAAGCUCGGUGCCGACAAAGCAGCAAGCUCGAAAAUGAGCGGGUCGGCAGAUAGCGCCGCCGCCGCCGCUGCUGCUGCUGCUGAUGCUGCUGCUGAAUCGACGAAGUCACCACGCGAGCAGGAGGUCGAAUCGACCAUGCGAUCCGUGCUGCGAAUGUGCGAACAACAAGCCAGCUUCAUCUUCAAUGCCACCGAUGCUGACUCGUGCGGACAGUUGCUGUUGCACGUUGUCACUUCUCUGGAAGAAGCACUUGGCUCGGUGAACGUAAGCGCUCGUGAUGAUCCGGCUCGACUGUCGUCGCUGCUACACCGCGGUCUGACUUUCCAGUUGCUGCACCUCGUCAUGCGAUUCGGCUGCCUGUGGAACGGAUCGAUCAAAUCUGUCGCGCUCAGACUCGUCAAGGCGCUGCUGGAGCUCACUCGACAAGCAGGGGAGGGUGCCGACUGCGGAGCGCACUUUACGCUUCUGCUCGAUUCGUUGAGCUUUGUGCUAGACGAGCUCCCACCGCAGUUUCUUGGUGCAUGCUUACCGGAGCUGGAAACGCAGCUGCAGGUGAUGGAGCUGGCGACGCAGGAAAGAACGGAUAAACUGCAGCAGUUGUCAUUCCGUCUCGAUAAUGCGACUACGGUCAGUGGGUGGUUUGUAGCCUCGAGUGCCGGCGCUGCGCUGAAGCGGGGGUGGUACACGCCGGGGGGGCUGAAUCCCUGGGAGUGUGCUGAGUAUCUUGACGCACCUCCAGCGGGCAGCGCGGCUGGCGGUCCAGGUGGAGCUGCAACUGGUGUUGGAGGCAACAUUGUCCGAGUAGGCCCUGUGCAGGCGCGGACAACAGCUGCGAAUGCACGAGGAGGAGGAGCAACUGCUGGAGUGCAAUCAGCUGCGGCAGCGCCGACUGGAAGCGAAACGUCCACGUUGCCGGGCGCACGAACAGGCUGGACUUCGAAACUCUCGCUCAACACAGCCUUUCCACUAUCGAUGCUGGGUUUGCGAGUGACGCGCGACCUGGUUCCUCAGUACGCAUCGCCCGCCUCGCCCAGUGCCGCCUCCGUGACAAGCAACGAUGCAUCUAGCGUCACUAGCGGUCAUCCGACAGCGACGAGCGCCUCUGCCGCGAACGCUGCUUCUUCCGAUGCGACAGCAAGUACGGAGCGAGACGAAGCGAUGAGCAGUCUGCCCAUCUUUGUGGAAUCUGAGCGAACGUACGGUUCACGAAUGGCCGGCGAACCUGCGUUCUCACGCGAUUUGCGACGCGGGUUACUGCUGCAGCCGGUGUUGCCACCGCAGCGCGUGGACGGAUCUCAAGAUGACGUUGCCGCUGUGAACGGAGGAGCAGGAAGCGGUGGGGGAAUGCAGUCGAGAAUGACGGGAGCGUCGAGCGAUGCGAUUCCGGUGAUCGAUCUCACGUGGGACGACGACGAGGUGAUGUCGUCUUCGCAGCAUCAGCCGUCAUCAUCUCAGCAGGGGCGGCAGCAGCAGCAGCAACAGGCAGGUGGCUCUGCACCAGUCGCAGGGACAGCGGCAGGUACGACGAGCAGAAAAAGACGCAUGUCGAAGCGGGACUGA